GGCCGCCUCGCGGCACAACUUGGGGUGGCUCCAGCCGCCUCUGCGCGCCCGAGGCGGGCGGUGUGCGGGAGCCGCCCGCUCCCCGGGGAGGCGGGGCGGGGCAGCAGGCACCAGGCCGUGGCUCCCUGCGGACAAGGGGACCGAGCAACACCGGGCAGCGCGGUGCCAAAGGAGCUGAGCCGCGGAGAACGAUGCUUGUCGGCGUGUGGGAUGCGGAGCGGGCGCCUGCCGCCCCCCCCCCCCGCGGGGCAGACAGCCGCUAGCGGCCGGCUGCUGGGCGAGGUGCUGUCUGGCUGCGGGGGUGGCGGCUGCCUCCCGGGGAGCAGCCCCCCAGCUGUAAAAGACCCAACAGCUGUAGAAAGAGCAAAUUUGCUGAACAUGGCUAAAUUGAGUAUCAAAGGAUUGAUUGAAUCAGCUUUGAGCUUUGGCCGUACUCUGGAUUCUGACUAUCCACCUUUGCAACAGUUCUUUGUCGUUAUGGAGCACUGCCUUAAACAUGGUCUUAAAGUAAAAAAAUCUUUUCUAAGUUACAAUAAAACAAUCUGGGGACCACUGGAACUUGUGGAGAAGUUGUACCCAGAAGCUGAGGAGAUAGCAGCUAGCGUCAGAGAUUUACCUGGCCUCAAAACACCAUUGGGCCGUGCCAGGGCUUGGUUACGAUUGGCAUUAAUGCAAAAAAAAAUGGCUGAUUAUCUACGCAGUUUAAUCAUUCAAAGAGAUCUCCUCAGUGAAUUUUAUGAAUAUCAUGCACUGAUGAUGGAAGAAGAAGGAGCAGUUAUUGUUGGGCUCUUGGUUGGGUUAAAUGUGAUAGAUGCUAACCUGUGUGUAAAGGGAGAAGACUUGGAUUCACAAGUUGGUGUGAUUGAUUUCUCUCUGUAUUUAAAGAAUGAAGACGAUAUUGGGAGUAAAGAAAGAAAUGUCCAGAUUGCUGCAAUUUUGGAUCAAAAGAAUUAUGUAGAGGAACUGAACAGACAACUAAAUAGCACAGUCAGCAGCCUUCAUGCAAGAGUUGAUUCAUUAGAGAAGUCAAACACUAAACUGAUUGAAGAGUUAGCAAUAGCAAAAAACAAUAUAAUUAAACUUCAGGAAGAAAAUCAUCAGUUGAGAAGUGAAAACACACUGAUUUUAAUGAAAACACAGCAUCACCUAGAGGUAACCAAAGUGGAUGUUGAGGCAGAGCUUCAAACAUACAGACACUCCAGACAGGGUCUGGAUGAAAUGUACAAUGAAGCACGCAGACAACUUCGAGAAGAAUCACAAUUACGACAAGACAUAGAGAAUGAGCUAAUGGUCCAAGUCAGUAUGAAACAUGAGAUAGAACUUGCAAUGAAGUUGUUGGAGAAAGACAUUCAUGAGAAACAAGACACCCUCAUAGGCCUUCGACAACAGCUAGAUGAAGUUAAAGCAAUUAACAUAGAAAUGUACCAAAAGCUGCAGGUUUCUGAAGAUGCCAUGAAAGAAAAGAAUGAAAUAGUUAGUCGACUAGAGGAUAAGACCAAUCAAAUUACUGCAACUAUGAAACAAUUGGAACAAAGUGACAAAGAUCUGUUAACUCAAACUAGGACUAUUGCAAUGUCAUUUGUGAAAUGUGCCAGCAAUGAAGCACAGCACCAAUACAAACUUGUCAAAGAUAUAUCAUUCUGAAAGCUACUUGGCUAUUGAUAGAAUAAAAUUUUUAUGAGUUGGUUUAAAAAAAUAUGGUUAUGAUCUUAAAUGGUAUUGGGAAAUCCUGUAUUAUAAUUGGUCAGUAAGCACUAGUGAUUUUGAUACAAUGUUACAGCUUGGAAUGACUUUUUGUUUUCCAAAAUAAAAUCCUCUCCACCCCUUUCUCUCCUCUCAAAGAAUAAAAAAUCACUGUAAUAUUAUUGACCAAUCAGAAACUAGAAUUUUCUAAUGCUAUUUAAUCAUUUUACUUUUUUUUAAUGUUAAAUACAAAGUUUAUUUAAACAUGUUAGCUGCCUUUACAUUUUUGAUUUCUCAUUGCCCUGACACUUACCUCCAGUUACAGGGUUUUCCCUCACCCCUUAUUUAUAGCACUUAAAUAAAUAAAGAACCUCCCUUUCAAUUAAUAAAAAACCCACAUUUUUAUUGUUGUUGCACUUUCAGGGCUUCUUUUCUCCUAUACCAGAAAACAUGCUGUCAAGUCUUUUAAUGUGGCUGCUGAUAGCAUCGCUUUCUUGAGUAGCAUAGACAGAAGUAUUUUUCCUGAGAACUGGCUAAAACAGCUUAUAAAAAUGUGCCAUAGGUUCUGUCUGUACUUUACAAAAACAAAACCCAAAUAACUUCUGUAUUUGUAGAACUCUCUUAUACACAGUUAAAAUACAGUUCAGCCUGCUAGCAUAGAGCAGAAUGUAAGAUGUUUUUACAGAGCUACUGUAUCAUGGAUACAACCAAGAUAUGACUAGAACUAAAGACUAUAAAGCAGGAAGGCCUUAUCUAUGUAGAAAUCUUUGUAGCUGUAAUUCCCCCAGGGGUAGCAGUGGUAGAAAGUGUAGCAUAGGCAGGACUCAGACAUUUACGGGUAGAUCCUCAGAUGGUAUAUAAAUUGUCAGCUGAGGAUCUGCUCUUAUCUGAGUUGCUACCCUGGUGGAGCUGCACUGGAUUUGAAUUACAGCUAUAGAAUUUGCAAGCUGCUAGUAUAGAUACAGAUUCUAUAGUUGCUAGCAUGGUUCUCAGAAAAAAAAAAAAUCCUUGUCCAUAUUAGUCUUGGAAAUUGUGCUAAUGCAGUUUCAGCUGUAGUUUAGAAAGGGUCUUAGUGGUGUUUUUAAUUUUCCUGUUUCAUUUAGUCUUUCACCCUUCUUUGCCUUCUGGCAUAGCAGCAAGAAUUAGCCUUGCUGUGCACCAAUAUUCUCCCUUCUCCUAUCCAUCCUCUUUGGCCCUAUUUGUAUUACAAUUACAAACACAUCAAGGAACUUCAUUAUAACAUAUUGUAGUGUAGAGUAGACCAUAACAGUUUUUCCUACCUGGGCUUAAUUCAGAUGCUUUCAAAUAACAUGGUUCGAGUCCAGUGUGUUGUCAUUUCUGCACUGGCAGUUUUUGGUAACUGCCCCACCUGUGCAGCUUCACCGUUGGUAGCAUGAGCGUAGGUGGGGAACUGGAGCUUUUAUUAACAUGAAAUCUAAUUCUGCUGAGAUGUCUAGUAAUGCUGGUGCAUUGUCUGCAUGAGCCCUCUCAUUAGUUGACUGGUAGCACAGCAAUGGUAGGCAGUUUCCCAAAGAUGGCCAGCGUAGAUGCAUUUUACAUUAUAAAACAUUAGUAGCCAGGCUCCCUAACAUGAUUGUGGUUGUAGUGUAGAUAGGGUCAGUAAGCAAGCUUUCAUUUAAUUUUGCAUUUAACAGUGAUAAACUGGGAGUUGUGUGUUACUCUACAUUCAGCUGACUGGGAAGUGAUGAUUCAAGCCAAGCCUUGAGAGAAGAACCACUCAGUUUUCUCUCAGCAUUUUGCGGGCUUGUGUACAUUACAGAUGCUACAGCAGCACAGCUAUGGUGCUGCAACAGUGCCAUAGUGUAGACAGUUGCUACAGCUACAGAAGGGGUUUUCCAUCACUGUAAUUAAUCCACCUCCUUGAGAGGCGGUGUUCUUCUGUUGACCUAGUGGUGUCGAGGCUGGGGCGUAGAUUGGUUUAACAGUGUCUUUUGGGGGAGUGAUUUUUUUUUUCCACCCCUCAAUGCAAUGUAGCUAGGUCAACCUAAGUUUUAGGUGUAGAGCAGGUCUGAGAAGGGACAAAAGAGGCAAUUGUAAAAUGAGACACCUCAACUGGGAUGAGGCUCUGAAUGAUGUUUCACUGGCUACUCUAAUCUCCCUUGUAUAUCUCAGUAAGACAGUUGAAUAUGGAGUAACAUACAAUUUUUGAUUUAGUGUUUACAUUUCAAUUAAAUUUAAGCCACAUCUUUUUUGGGCGGAAGAGAGGGUCAAACAGAGAUAAAUCUUGGUGCAUUGGUGAGGUAUAAGUGAGGGGAGAGGGCUAUCCAAAACAGGAAUGCAAAAUCCCUUGAAAAUCAAAAGAAAGAGCUUAAAUGAAAGCCUGACUUCUGUUGUUUAUUCAGUUUUAUUUGUUUUUGUUUAUCAUAUGGAGCUAAUUUUAACCAUGAUUUUUAAUACACAUUAAAUAUAUUUAAUAAUGUUAUUUAUUAGUGGUUAUUCUGUAAGUGUAGUAAGAUGCUCCAGGGUGUGUUCUGCUGUCUUACUACAGCUGUGUUUUGCUAUCUGAUUCCAGUGUUCUGUAUUCAGGCUCAUGUCUGAAUCGCUUCAAGCCAUUCCAGCACAACACACACUGUCUUAUUGAUUGAUUAGUAUAGACAAAGUAGUUACUGUACUUCUACAGGUCUUAUAAAAAUUUCUCCCACAGUAACACAUGUAUGUACGCUCAAAGUUAGAGCAGUAAGUGAUAUAGAUCAAUUAUAAAAUCUGUAUGGUUAUGCUUUGAUGGCAUCUAUUAAUGGUGAACAUAAAAUAAAAACAAAUUAGAAGACUUAA